GCCUCUGCAUUUUUGUCUGUCUGAAUGCUAGGAAGGCGAAAAAAGAUUGAGGAGAAGAAGAAACUGAAGAAAUGUGAAAAUCCAACGAACAUUUUCAUGGCCAACGGAAGUCGAUGCAUAAGGAGUUAUAUUGGGACUCCUUUUUGCCUCGAAACCUCGGAUCAAAAUGCUCAUAGUAGAGAAGACAUCAGACUUCCCGUCAGCUGAGUUCUCUGUGGUGGAGGAUGUGACUCUUCAUUUCACCUGUUUGAUGGACAGGUUGAACGAGCAGCGUCUCUUCCAGCCUGACCUCUGUGAUGUGGACAUAGUGUUGGUGCGCCAGCGCAGUACCUUCCCUGCCCACAAGGGGGUGCUUGCGGCCUACAGCCCCUUCUUUCACUCCCUGUUCUCCCAGAGCAAGCAGCUGCGCCGUGUCGACCUGUCUCUGGAUGCCCUCAGCUCCCAGGGCCUACAGCAGAUCCUUAACUUCAUCUACACCUCCCGUCUGUUAGUCAGUAGCCGUAGCGUCAGAGACGUGCUCAACGCCGCCACCCUGCUGCAGAUGACGGACAUUGCAGCUUCUUGCCGUGACCUCAUCAGCAGCCAAUCGCUAAGGGCCGCGGUAGACAACCUGGCCAAUCAGGAUGGCCUGGCAGAUCCUGAUUCCAUGACAACGACCCCCGGCAGUCAGCUGUACAGGGAGAUCAAGCAGGAGGCAGAGUUAGGGAGGGCAGAGUUAGAGAGGGUGUACACUCGGGAGGGGAACAGCCCUUUCUCUGUGAGGGUGGAGGACGGACAUGGAAAGAGCCAGCAGCAUCACCCUCCCUCCUCCCAGACCUCCUCCCAGUCCCAGGCCAAGCAGUACUACUACCAACAAGAGGACAGGGAGAGUGGGGGAGGAGGAGGGAGGGGUCUGUUUAAGCUGGAGGGGGGCGGGGAGCAGAUCAUCGUAGAGGUCAACCUGAACAACCAGACACUCAACGUCUCCAAGGGGUCAGAGAGCAAGGCUGUCGCCACAUAUACCACCGCCACCGCCAUGUUCACCUGCUCCCACGGUGACCAGAGGAACGAGGAGGAAGAGGAGAACAAGGAAGCGGAUGAUAAUGAUGAUGAUGGGCAGGUCGGGGAGGAUGAAGAGGAGGAGGAUGAAGAGCAGAGAGAGAGAGGGGAGGAGAUGGAGAACAGCAGUGAAGAGGAGGAAGAGGAGGAAGAGGAAGAGGAGAACAAUGAUAUGAACAUACCAGCAGAGGAGUCUAUUAUGAUGAACAGGCCUCAUCCGGGGACUAGAACCCUGGAGGUCGCCACGACAACCAUGCGGCAGACCCUUGGUGACGCCACCCUUGCCAACCGUCACCAGGGCAGGAAGAGGAAGCAGAACCCUGAGAGUGUAGGUCAGAUGGUCAGACUGGAGGAGAAGCAACACUUCCCCUGUAAGAAAUGUCCCAGAGUCUUCAACAACCGCUGGUAUCUGGAGAAACACAUGAACGUCACUCACAACCGCAUGCAAAUCUGCAACAAAUGUGGAAAACGCUUCCUUCUGGAGAGUGAACUACUACUGCACCAUCAGACCAACUGUGAGAAGAGUAUACAGUGUGUAACGUGUGGCAAGGCCUUUAAGAAGCUCUGGUCUCUCCAUGAGCACAACAAGAUUGUUCACGGUUAUGCUGAGAAGAAGUUCUGCUGUGAGAUCUGUGAGAAGAAGUUCUACACCAUGGCCCACGUCAGAAAGCACAUGGUUGCCCACACCAAGGACAUGCCGUUCACCUGUGAGACGUGUGGGAAGUCAUUCAAGCGCGGCAUGUCGCUAAAGGUUCACUCUCUACAACACUCUGGAGAGAAGCCCUUCAAGUGUGAGAACUGUAACGAGAGGUUCCAGUAUAAGUACCAGCUGCGCUCCCACAUGUCCAUCCACAUCGGACACAAGCAGUUCAUGUGCCAGUGGUGUGGCAAGGACUUCAACAUGAAGCAGUACUUUGAUGAACACAUGAAGACACACACUGGAGAGAAACCGUAUAUCUGUGAGAUCUGUGGGAAGAGUUUCACCAGUCGUCCCAACAUGAAGCGUCACCGCCGGACCCAUACGGGGGAGAAGCCGUACCCUUGCGAGGUGUGUGGUCAGAGGUUCCGUUUCUCCAACAUGCUCAAAGCGCACAAGGAGAAGUGCAUCCGGGUCAGCAACCCCAUGGUAACUGACAACAACGACUCGCUGGGCAUCGACCCCUCCUCCCCAACUGUUUCUGCGGACCCUGCUGCGAUUGGUCAGGUGGUUUUAGGGGCGGUGCUCCCGGGGGCAAUGCACCACCAUGCCACGCCCCUCUCCCUCCCCCUGAUCCACUCCCUGGGGGGGCUGCCCCACACCCCCGCCCCCCCUCCCCCUUUUCCACCCUUCUUCUCUGGCAGGAUGGGCUCCAACAUCUAGCUAACGCACUCCGCUCUGCUAACAGACCAGACCGCUAGCAUCCAUCUACUCUACAACGCUCUGCUAACAGACCGCUAGCAUCCAUCUACUCCACAACGCUCUGCUAACAGACCGCUAACAUCCAUCUACUCCACAACACUCUGCUAACAGACCGCUAACAUCCAUCUACUCCACAACACUCUGCUAACAGACCGCUAGCAUCCAUCUACUCCACAACGCUCUGCUAACAGACCGCUAGCAUCCAUCUACUCCACAACGCUCUGCUAACAGACCGCUAGCAUCCAUCUACUCCACAACGCUCUGCUAACAGACCGCUAGCAUCCAUCUACUCCACAACACUCUGCUAACAGACUGCUAGCAUCCAUCUACUCCACAACACUCUGCUAACAGACUGCUAGCAUCCAUCUACUCUACAACGCUCUGCUAACAGACUGCUAGCAUCCAUCUACUCCACAACACUCUGCUAACAGACCAGACUGCUAGCAUCCAUCAACUCUACAACACUUUGCUUACAGACCGUUAGCAUCCAUCUACUCUACAACACUUUGCUUACAGGCUGCUAGCAUCCAUCUACUCUACAACGCUCUGCUAACAGACUGCUAGCAUCCAUCAACUCUACAACACUUUGCUUACAGACCGUUAGCAUCCAUCUACUCUACAACCAGUCAGCCAACCCCCCCGCCCCCCUCCACCGACUUCUGAAGUAAUCAGACUAUCUAUGAGAGGAGGGGGAUUUACAGGAGCAGAGCGAGACAUGGAUGGAAGGAGGAUUCCUUCAUAUAACCACAUCUCAGCCUGAAGACCAAGGCAUCUUAACUCGGCUCUGGUCUCUGUGUGGAUUCUGCAGUCUGAAGACCAAGGCAUCUUAACUCGGCUCUGGUCUCUGUGUGGAUUCUGCAGCCUGAAGACCAAGGCAUCUUAACUCGGCUCUGGUCUCUGUGUGGACUCUGCAGCCUGAAGAGGUGAAGGAUCAUACAGAGGCUUCUUGUAACAUAAACAGUAUAAAUGCAUACACCUACCAUGUGGAAAUGUUUUUACUGUGUGGAAUAGUUCAUCUCUGCCCUGGCCGUUGAGAGUUCAGAGGGACUUGUAAAAUGACAACAUGCAUUACAUCUGUCGUUUCAUUGUUUUCAUUCUGCUUACCACAAAGCCACACCCUUUAAUAAGACCAUGCUUGUAGCACAAUGUAACAUUAACACCUCCUCCGACAAACUAGUUACUGGUGAGAUUAAUGACCCCUUCUCAUAUUAACUAGCUAUUUACUGGGUUGAUUUUGGGGCCUAAACUCCUCCCCUAGUUGGUCUGUGUGGAAUUAGUUCUCUACAAAAGGUUCUAGGUGUUCUGUGUACAGUGAGUUCACUCUGAAAGUUUACCUCUCUGUCCUAACAGAGGUAUAUGGAGCCAGACGUCUCCUGCAGAGCCCUGUCUCCCUCUUCUCCUGAUCCUCAUCCUCCUCUCCCCUACCCUUCUCUCUCCUCCCCUCCUCUAUUGUCAUCCUCCUCUCUCCCUCCUCUUCAGACGUCUCCUGCAGAACCCUGUCUCUCUCUUCUCCUGAUCCUCAUCCUCCUCUCCCCUACCCUUCUCUUUCCUCCCCUCCUCUAACGUUAUCCUCCUCUCUCCCCCCAUCAUCAGACGUCUCCUGCAGAGCCCUUUCUCCCUCUUCUCCUGAUCCUCAUCCUCCUCUCCCCUCUCUUUCCCUCCUCUUCAGACGUCUCCCGCAGAGCCCUGUAUCUCUCCUGUCCUCACCAGACGUUGCCUACAGAGCCCUCUCUCCUCCGUUCUCAUCCUCCUCUCCCCUCUCUCUUUCCCUCCUCUUCAGACAUCUCCAGCAGUGCCCUGUCUCUCCUCUCCUCACCCUCUAUCCUCCUCUCCCUGUUCUCACAGUUGUAGUCCAUUCCUCACAGUGAAUGGACUCUAUUAGCCAUCAGACCAGACCAACAGGAACCAUCAUUCUCUUAGCCACCUGUUCUUCUGAUCUGUCUGUUAAAACACGCAUCUGGCAUCGCAAUAACCAACUCCCGUGAGCUCACAUGCUAGUGAGAUUAUUAUAAAGCCUCUAAAAUCAAUCCUGCAUCUUAUUUUGAACCUUAGUGUUAUUUAAGAUGUACUCUUUUUGUGUGUUAAAUGUUAAAAUUGUGACAGUUUGUGUAAUUUGUGUGUGGCAACAUUAUGCCAUUAUAUAAGGUGUUUUAGAAGGUUAUGACUAGACAGUCACGUUGGAAAGGUUAUGACUAGACAGUCACGUUGGAAAGGUUAUGACUAGACAGUCACGUUGGAAAGGUUAUGACUAGACAGUCACGUUGGAAAGGUUAUGACUAGACAGUCACGUUGGAAAGGUUAUGACUAGACAGUCACGUUGGAAAGGUUAUGACUAGACAGUCAGGGUUAGGGUUUUGCAGUGCACAGGAGAAUGCAGUAAAGUGUGUGUGUGUGUGUGUGUGUGUGUGUGUGUGUGUGUGUGUGUGUGUGUGUGUGUGUGUGUGUGUGUGUGUGUGUGUGUGUGUGUGUGUGUGUGUGUGUGUGUGUGUGUGUGUGUGUGUGUGUGUGUGUGUGUGUGUGUGUGUGUGUGUGUGAGAAUGAUCAGUAAAGGUUGUGUGAAACAGUCAAUCUGACCCUGAAUAGAUGAACAAUCAGCCAAUCAGCUUGAGAUUCCCAAAGUGGGAAGUAAAGUGGAGAGACAUUUAUCUGACUUGUCGUCUAUUGCUGAUGUUUAGAAACCACUGUACAGAGCUUGGAUUGUAGCCUAUUCCUGCUCUUUUCAAGUAGUGUAAAGUACUGAAGUAAAAAUACUUUAAAGUACUAGUACUACUUAAGUAGUUUUUGGGGGGUAUCUGUACUUUACUAUUUAUAUUUUUUACAACUUUUACUUUUACUUCACUAUGUUCCUAAAGAAAAUAAUGUACCUUCUACUCCAUACAUUUUGCCUGACACCCAAAAGUAGUCAUUACAUUUUGAAUGCUUAGCAGGACAGAAAAUGGUCCAAUUCACACACAAGAGAACGUCCCUGGUCGUCCCUACUGCCUCUGGUCUGGAGGACUCACUAAACACACAUGCUUUGUUUGUAAAUGAUGUCUGAGUGUUGGUGUUGCCCCUGGCAACCAUACAUUUUUUUUUUACAUGAAAUUUGUGCCAUCUGGCUUGCUUAAUAUAAGGAAUUUGUUAUUAUUCGUAAUUUUACGUUUGAUACUUCAGUAUUUUUAAAAAUAAAUGCUUUUAGACUUUUACUCAAGUAGUAUUUUACUGGGUGACUUUCACUUUUACUUGAGUAAUUUUCUAUUAAGGUAUAUUUACUUUUACUCAAGUAUGACAAUUGGAUACUUUUUACUCCACUGAUGACAUCACGGACGCUAGCCCGAAAUCUAUCAAAUUUCACAUUUUUUUUAAAUGCUGUUAAGAAAAACCAAUCAUAUCUGCUCAAUGGUCUACUAUCUGAGGAACAGUUUAGAUAUAUUGGAGAAAGGUGAAUUAUUCCUUAUGAAGGUGAAUUAUUCCUUAUGAAGAAGAUACAGUGUAAUUGGUUCCACUAGUUUACUCAACUUUUCGGUCAAAGUUUUACAUGAACGUAAACAUUUUAGUUGGCCCAAACUUAGCUCCAACAUCAGAAAAUGUAAGCAAAAAUGUUGCUGAUUUAAAAACGUGUUUGCUCAAAUUGUCUCAUAUGUUCAUUCAACUAUAUAUCUGACCUAAUAGACGGCUGUGGAACCAGUUACUUAAUGAUAUUUAGUUGGAACAACUCCUUUUUUAUUUAUUGCAAUUUUUAUAGUAUAUUAGAUAGAACUCUGGAGAAUUUGUAUACCUGUAAUCUAUUGCGCUAAUCCCAAGCUAGCUCUGUAAACUUAGUUAAAGGCAAUCAUAGCAAACAUAUUGUCUCCCCAAAAUGUGCAAUCUUUGGCUUCACAAUGGCAAAAUGUGUAGAAUAGCAGGAAAUUAGCUUUAAAACUGCACAUUUUUCUCUUUGCACCAUGGAAAAAUGUGUAGUUGCAGGAAAAAUGCUUUAAAACGAAAAAUGUUUAUCUCAGUCUCAUGACACAAUGUACAGAAUAGCAUUAUUAAACUGCACAUUUUUUUCCCUGUGCCCCAUGGCAAAAUGUGCUAAAAUGUAGAAAGUUAGCAGUAGUCUGGCUCUGGAAGAGCAGGAGAAGAGGAGGAGAUGUACAAUUAUAUAAUCAUCUCCAGAGUACUGUGGGACUGUCAUGAGAUUUUCCCCAUCAAUAGACAAUAGCAGCUAUUAUAUUAUCCAUGGGUCUAUCUCUAUAGUAGAUUCUGUUAUAUUAUCUAUGAGUCUAUCUCUUAGUAGAUUAUGUUAUAUUAUCUAUGAGUCUAUCUCUAUAGUAGAUUCUGUUAUACUAUCUAUAGGUCUAUCUCUAUAGUAGAUUCUGUUAUAUUAUCUAUGAGUCUAUCUCUAUAGUAGAUUCUGUUAUACUAUCUAUGGGUCUAUCUCUAUAGUAGAUUGUUAUACUAUCUCUGGGUCUAUCUCUAUAGUAGAUUGUGUCAUAUUAUCUAUGGGUCUAUCUGUAUAGAUAGUUGAUGGAAAUGAGAUGCCAUGGAACUGAAUGUGAUGUAGGUGGGUAUUGGGUUAGUUAGGGCUGGUUGGUGGAUAUUGGGUUAAUUAGGGCUGGUUGGUGGGUAUUGGGUUAGUUAGGGCUGGUUGGUGGGUAUUGGGUUAGUUAGGGCUGGUUGGUGGAUAUUGGGUUAAUUAGGGCUGGUUGGUGGGUAUUGGGUUAGUUAGGGCUGGUUGGUGGGUAUUGGGUUAGUUAGCUCUGGUUGGUGGAUAUUGGGUUAGUUAGGGCUGGUUGGUGGGUAUUGGGUUAGUUAGGGCUGGUUGGUGGGUAUUGGGUUAGUUAGGGCUGUUUGGUGGAUAUUGGGCUUGUUAGGGCUGGUUGGUGGGUAUUGGGUUAAUUAGGGCUGGUUGGUGGAUAUUGGUUAAGGACGAAUGGUUGGUGGAUAUUGGGUUAGUUAGGGUUGGUUGGUGGGUAUUGGGUUAAUUAGGGCUGGUUGGUGGGUAUUGGGUUAAUUAGGGCUGGUUGGUGGGUAUUGGGUUAGUUGGGGCUGGUUGGUGGGUAUUGGGUUAGUUGGGGCUGGUUGGUGGGUAUUGGGUUAGUUAGCUCUGGUUGGCGGGUAUUGGGUAAGUUAGGGCUGGUUGGUGGAUAUUGGGUUAGUUAUGGCUGGUUGGUGGGUAUUGGGUUAGUUAGGGCUGGUUGGUGGGUAUUGGGUUAGUUAGGGCUGGUUGGUGGAUAUUGGGUUAAUUAGGGCUGGUUGGUGGAUAAUGGUUAAGGACGAAUGGUUGGUGGAUAUUGGGUUAAUUAGGGCUGGUUGGUGGGUAUUGGGUUAGUUAGGGUUGGUUGGUGGAUAAUGGUUAAGGACGAAUGGUUGGUGGAUAUUGGGUUAGUUAGGGCUGGUUGGUGGAUAUUUGGUUAAUUAGGGCUGGUUGGUGGGUAUUGGGUUAGUUAGGGUUGGUUGGUGGAUAUUUGGUUAAUUAGGGCUGGUUGGUGGAUAUUUGGUUAGUUAGGGUUGGUUGGUGGAUAUUGGGUUAAUUAGGGCUGGUUGGUGGGUAAUGGGUUAGUUAGGGUUGGUUGGUGGGUAUUGGGUUAGUUAGGGCUGGUUGGUGGGUAUUGGGUUAGUUAGGGCUGGUUGGUGGGUAUUGCGUUAGUUAGGGCUGGUUGGUGGAUAUUUGGUUAAUUAGGGCUGGUUGGUGGGUAUUGGGUUAGUUAGGGCUGGUUGGUGGGUAUUGGGUUAGUUAGGGUUGGUUGGUGGGUAUUGGGUUAGUUGGGGCUGGUUGGUGGGUAUUGGGUUAGUUAGCUCUGGUUGGCGGGUAUUGGGUAAGUUAGGGCUGGUUGGUGGGUAUUGGCUUAGUUAUGGCUGGUUGGUGGGUAUUGGGUUAGUUAGGGCUGGUUGGUGGGUAUUGGGUUAGUUAGGGCUGGUUGGUGGAUAUUGGGUUAAUUAGGGCUGGUUGGUGGAUAAUGGUUAAGGACGAAUGGUUGGUGGAUAUUGGGUUAAUUAGGGCUGGUUGGUGGAUAUUUGGUUAGUUAGGGCUGGUUGGUGGGUAUUGGGUUAGUUAGGGUUGGUUGGUGGGUAUUGGGUUAGUUAGGGCUGGUUGGUGGGUAUUGGGUUAGUUAGGGUUGGUUGGUGGGUAUUGGGUUAGUUAGGGUUGGUUGGUGGGUAUUGGGUUAGUUAGGGCUGGUUGGUGGGUAUUGCGUUAGUUAGGGCUGGUUGGUGGAUAUUUGGUUAGUUAGGGUUGGUUGGUGGGUAUUGGGUUAGUUAGGGCUGGUUGGUGGGUAUUGCGUUAGUUAGGGCUGGUUGGUGGAUAUUUGGUUAAUUAGGGCUGGUUGGUGGGUAUUGGGUUAGUUAGGGCUGGUUGGUGGGUAUUGGGUUAGUUAGGGCUGGUUGGUGGGUAUUGCGUUAGUUAGGGCUGGUUGGUGGGUAUUGGUUAAGGAGGAAUGGUAGUGGUGGUACUACUGCUAUAGCACUUUGGGUCAGAAUGUGGUUGCAACUUUCCAGGAUCGUCCAACCAGGAUUUCUAGAAACCUGGGGAAUGUAUUCAACAUUCGUGGAAGGUUGCAACCCUACAUCAGAACGAUGUGUAAAUGUACAUCAAUAGCCAAAUGAGUAACAAGAGAAAGUAGUAUUGAAUAGGUACUAUUACACAGAGAGCAUUACUUUACAGCCAUCUCUUUAUAGUCUUUGCACUCUAAGAUGCUUGGUGAUGGAUCGGUGCUUGAUUGGCUCACAAUCAAUAUAUUUACUGUAUCUUAAAGAGUUUUCAGUGCUGUGUUGCCAUUAGAGAGAGAUAAGCAUCCCUAGUAUCAGAUCUGAAGGAUUGUGGGUAAUGGAACUUGGUAUUUAAUUGUGUGAGUAUGUUUAUGUUUUUCAUGAAAAAGCACUUACUGGCCAACCCUGUUAAUUGAUCAAAUGCUUUGAAUCUGUGUGAUCAUGUCUAACAUGAUAAUGGAUAAGUUCCACUCGAAGGAAAGAGAAGGGACAUUUAAAUGGUCCCUGUUUAGUUAACAUGUCCUUAAACCAGGGUAUGUUGGAGCUGAUGAGUUGGUUCUCAGAAGUGUGAUUGUUUGCAUUUUGCAUUCAUUAUAAAAAAUAAAAAAUGUUUGUCAAAAAGUGAAACCAGGCUGGUCCCGCCGGCCAGCUAGGUUAGGGCCGGGACGUUGAGUGUUUUUUGUAAAGCCUGUUGGGAUUUGUAGUUCUUGGGAUAAGCUAAAAGAUAGAGGCUGUAGUCCAGUAGGGUUGAUUCUGUGGCCUUCAGCUGGAAGAAAAGUGGUUUGAAUUUCGACCUCUGAGGAAUUUACUUUUCUAUGUUCCUUCUGGCUGGUGAGAAGACCGUGUGUAUAUUAAGGCUUAUGGAGACAGAGUUAAUGUUUUCACAAUGGAGGGUCAUUGUUUCCUUAUGGUCUGUUCUAGUGUUACAUCUAAUGUUUCAAAGAGAGGUUGGUGGUUCUGCACAUGUGAGGUUGGGUUAGUGGGUCUAGUAAACGUCCAGUUCCGAGGAAAAGAAAGGCUGACAUUUACCAUAAUAGAAAUCAACAAUGUCAUACCCGAAUCAAAACAAUUUAAAGGUUUUCAUGUACCUAACUACCGCUUCCUACUGCUGCAUUAAAACCAGUCAUAUUGUGUCUACCAUUUGUUGAUUCUAUACAUUACAGUGUAAACCCAAUGUCUUAGUAGACUGGUCUACAUAGACCAUGACUAUACAGUAGUUGUAUGGGCUAGCUAUAUAAACACCGUACUUAAACAAUGAGCACUAUAGUGUCUAGAGGUGCUAUUAACAUUACAUGUAUCCUAUCGGUUUGUGAUUAUCAUGUGUAACACAGGAGACUAAUUCAAUAUUAAACAAUACAGAUAUAUUAUUCCAAAA